ACACGCACUAAAGUUCCUAUGCACCCCCUGAGAUCCAUCCCGGAUGUCGGUCGUGAAGAUCUUUCAUCUCACUUGGUUUCUUUCUCGAUUCUUUAUUUUCGUUUUGGUGUCCUUGAUUAAACGACAAGUAUGGGACCCUUCCGGUAGGACUAUGAUGUUAUUUCAAAACUUCUGGAGUUGCAUGAUCUACCCGGAGAAAAUAGUUUCUCCGAAAUUGCCUCCAGAGAUGAGGUCCGUUAUAUAGACGAAACACAUCCGUUAGCUGCCUCGGAGACCCCGCCAAUCACUGGUAGGCUACGUUACGUUUUAUUUAUUCGAUGAGAGAAGGAUUGCCACAAAGCUGUCUCAAAGGUCUACCACUCAGGAACGGUGAGCUUUUCGUUCUGUUAUAUAGGCUACAUAUUGAGUCGCAGACGUCUUCAAUAUCUAAUUUCAAACAAGCCUCCGCGCUUCGUGCGUGCCUGAAGCUUUUCAUCGUUUUAACUUGAAGUUCCAACUUUUCUUGAGGAGCAAGUUGUUGACUUUGUGAAAUGCAGUUGUCGGAUGAGAAAUAGCUGAUGGCAGCACGUCCCGUUGGAACAAGCACGCGUGAAAUAGGGGUUGUUGCGUAAUACCGUGCGCAAACGUGAGCUGUAAUUUUUUGGUAAAACAUUUGGCCCAAAGAAACCGGACGGUUCAGUGUUUUGGACUCUGGAGUUUAACAUGAAUUAAACUUGGAUAAAAUACUAAGAAUGCAUUUGGGCGAAGUGAUUGAGCUCCGUGACCUUCGGCUGGACACAGACCCGAUAGAGCUGACCAGCCCAUGGGUUCCUCGGUCACCUUCACGACUGGAGAGGACCAAUGCGCUUAGAAUCAGCCCAGGAAAGGUGCCAGAACUACUUAGCCGAGCGGGCAUUAUCCGGAUUCUUGGUGAAUCCCAGGAUCCUCGGCUGAAGGAGGAGUUGGGUGAGGGGCACAACUUCCAGCCCUGCAGUCACGCUCAGCCCACUUGGUGUGACCUGUGCGGAGAUUUCAUUUGGGGACUUUACAAGCAGAGCCUGCGCUGUGCCAACUGUAGGUUCACGUGUCACAAACGCUGCCGCACCCACAUCCAGUUGGACUGCAGCUGGGACCAGGGGGGCACGCGCCGCUCGCCCACUCUGGUGGAGCACACCAUAGAAGAAAACGACACAAAUGUGGAUGAACCGGUUGAAUCGAGGAAACAGGAAUGGUCCGUUGCAGAGAUUCAGCACAAGGUGAAGGAGUACAAUUCUCUGAUCCACAGCAACCUGUUCAUGAACACAAACCGAGAUGGUUCCUACACUGGCUUCGUGAAGGUGCAGUUCAAGCUGGCUCGCCCCGUCUCCGUCCCACCUCCCAGAAAGGGGCCUGCGAGACAGGAAGCCGGAGGGAAGAAAGCCACUGGAGUCAAGCGCCGCACAUCCUUCUACCUGCCCAAGGACACGUGCAAGCAUCUGCACAUCAGCUCCCACACGUCUGCCCGCGAAGUCAUCGAGGCUCUGCUGAAGAAGUUCACGGUGGUGGACAACCCUGCCAAGUUCGCCCUGUUUGAGCGCAGGGAACGUCACGAGCAAGUGUACCUCCGCAAGAUAUCGGACGACGAGCGUCCGCUCCGCCUGCGCCUGGCGACCGGACCUGACGAGAAGCUGCUCAGCUUCGUGCUGAAGGAGAACGAGACCGGAGAGGUCAAUUGGCACGCCUUCUCCAUGCCGGAGCUGAAGAACUUCCUGCGUAUCCUCCAACGAGAGGAGGAGGAGCACGUGAAGCAAAUCAUGCAGCGCUACACUUUAGCGAGGACCAGGCUGCAGGAGGCCCUGCCGGGUUCCAGCCCAGGAUGAGAGAGGCAUGUUGGGCCACGAGGCAUCCCUGGGAACCCGAACCUACGCAUCCCUCUCUUUUAGUUCUCUCCUAGCUGAGUGUCAGGUGUCCCUGAGCAAGACACCUAACCCUACUGCUUCCGACGAGCAGGCUGUCUCCUUGCAUG